AUGGUCUAUAAGCACAAGCCACCAGCACCUCUCCCUGUCAAGGAAGAGGAGCUUUACCUGGUGCUGGUCCCACCACCAGCCACCAGGGAGUCAGCCUUCGUCCACGCCAUCGCCUCCGCCGGGGUGGCUUUCGCCGUGACCAGAUCCUGCGCCGAGGGCUCGGCCACCAUCUGCGGGUGUGACACGCGCCACAAGGGCUCUCCUGGGGAGGGCUGGAAGUGGGGGGGCUGCAGCGAGGACGUGGAGUUCGGGAGCAUGGUGUCCCGGGAGUUCGCGGACGCGCGGGAGAACAGGCCCGACGCUCGCUCGGCCAUGAACAGGCACAACAACGAGGCUGGAAGGACCUCCAUCAUUGAGCUCAUGCACCUCAAGUGCAAGUGCCACGGGCUCUCGGGCAGCUGCGAAGUGAAGACCUGCUGGUGGUCCCAGCCAGACUUCAGGGUCAUCGGCGACUACCUCAAGGACAAGUACGACAGCGCGUCCGAAAUGGUGGUGGAAAAGCACCGGGAAUCCCGCGGCUGGGUGGAGACCCUGCGGCCCAAAUACAACUUCUUCAAGGCCCCAACCGAGAAGGACCUGGUUUACUACGAGAACUCACCAAACUUUUGUGAGCCCAACCCUGAGACCGGCUCCUUCGGGACCCGCGACAGGAUCUGCAACGUCACUUCCCACGGGAUUGACGGUUGCGACCUUUUGUGCUGCGGCCGCGGGCACAACACGAGGACUGAGAAACGGAAAGAGAAGUGUCACUGUAUCUUCCACUGGUGCUGCUACGUCCGCUGCCAGGAGUGCAUACGAGUCUACGACGUCCACACGUGCAAAUAA